AUGGCAUCCGUGUUGGAUUGGGGCAGUCGACUCAGACCAACAACCAGCGGCAUACUGACUGACUGUGGCGGAGUAUGGACCCCUUCGGUGACUGCUAGGCCGCCCGAGGGUAGCUGCUCUGAUUGGCUCAUCACUGGAGAGCCCUCUCUAGGCGACGAUGGUCUCGUAUUCUCUACUGGCAUCCCUACUGACGUGCCCCCUUCCUCCGGCAUCCCCAACGACGUGCCCCCUUCCUCCGGCAUCCCCAACGACGUGCCCCCUUCCUCCAGCAUCCCCAACGACGUGCCCCCUUCCUCCGGCAUCCCCAACGACGUGCCCCCUUCCUCCAGCAUCCCCAACGACGUGUCCCCUUCCUCCGGCAUCCCCAACGACGUGUCCCCUUCCUCCGGCAUCCCUAACGACGUGCCCCCUUCCUCCGGCAUCCCUAACGACGUGUCCCCUUCCUCCGGCAUCCUUACUGACGUGCCCCCUUCCUCCGGCAUCCCCAACGACGUGUCCCCUUCCUCCGGCAUCCCUAACGACGUGCCCCCUUCCUCCGGCAUCCCUAACGACGUGCCCCCUUCCUCCGGCAUCCCCAACGGAGUGCCCCCUUCCUGUGUCCUCGUUAUCAUCGUAGAGGACACAGAGGGAGUCCCCUCCGUCGUAAUGCCCCCGACCACUGCGGUCGUCUGA